GAUCACGUGACGCAGAGCACGCAGUCGCCUUCUGUCCGUUGGUCCUGGAGCGGCGCAGCCGGAGCGCGGCCGUGAGGAGAAGAAAAGCAACCUUGUUGAUGACCCAAAAUGACAAAGCAUCCACCAAACAGAAGAGGGAUCAGCUUUGAGGUGGGAGCCCAGUUGGAGGCCCGUGACAGAUUAAAAAACUGGUAUCCAGCUCAUAUACAGGAAAUUGACUAUGAAGAAGGGAAAGUACUCAUCCAUUUCAAACGUUGGAACCAUCGUUAUGAUGAAUGGUUCUGCUGGGACAGUCCUUAUUUACGUCCAUUAGAGAAAAUACAGUUAAGGAAAGAAGGGUUACAUGAGGAAGAAGGAUCUUCUGAAUUUCAUAUAAAUGAGCAGGUACUUGCUUGCUGGUCUGAUUGUCGGUUUUACCCAGCCAAAGUCACUGCUGUUAACAAGGAUGGUACGUAUACUGUGAAAUUUUAUGAUGGAGUAAUUCAGACUGUCAAACAUAUUCAUGUCAAAGCUUUUUCCAAAGAUCAGAAUAUUGUGGGCAAUGCCAGGCCUAAAGAAAAAGAUAACGAAAGCUUUUCAUCUCCUGAUAACCGAGAGAAGUUUAAAGAGCAGAGAAAAGUGCCUGCUCAUGCUAAGAAAGACAAAGAUGACAAGACUUUAAAGGCUGAAAAGAGACCCAGACAGCCUGACAGAGAAGGAAAGUUAGUCAGUCCUGAAAAAGGGAAGGGGUCUGAAAAAGGUCUGCCGAAGAAUGAGAAAGAAGACAAGGAGAAUAUUUCAGAAAAUGACAGAGAAUAUUCUGGGGAGACCCAGGCAGACAAGAAGCCAGAGAAUGACAUUGUGAAGAAUACACAGGAAAAUCUAAGGGAGCCCAAAAGAAAGAGAGGCCGGCCCCCUUCCAUACCUCCAUCUGAACCAAAUUCCCAAACUUUGCAACCAAUAACAUUGGAAUUAAGACGCCGGAAAAUAUCAAAAGGAACUGAAAUCCCAUUAAAGCGCCCCAGGCUUGAAAAAAAUUCAUCUCAGGAAAAGCCAAAAACCUACCCAGAAAAUAAUGACAAAGACUUGACCAGGAGACGAUCAUCAAGGCUUUCUAAUAGUGGAAGCCAUGACAUCCUAGAUGCAGACUUGGUCAUAUCAAAUGUGGGUGAUAGUGCUGCUUCAGAAGAUACUUUGCUUCUUGCCAAGGAAUCAGAAGAAGGUCAGUUAGAAUCUCCUGUCCAGUCUGAUAAAAGCUCAUCUGAACUAACACACCAGUACUUUGUGGAUGGAUUGGGGACUGCAGCAUUUGAUUUGAAUUGCAAUUCAAUGGAAGACAAAGCUGUAGAUGCUGAACUAUCCUCUCCACUUGCUGAGUUGAAAGAGAUUUCUGCUGUAACAGUAACAAAUACUUUUAAGAGAGAUGAAUUUGUUACUUCAAAAGCUCCUACUGUCGACCUAGACCACAAGUUUAGAUGCACGUUCAUGGACUGUUUAAAAUUCUUCCGCAAAGCUAAACUCCUGCACUAUCACAUGAAAUAUUUUCAUGGAGUGGAGAAGACACCAGAACCUGAGGAGAAUUCAGUGAAGAGGCACGUCCAGACAAGAAGUUCUUUAGCGUCUGAAAAGUCCAGUCAAGAUGGUCUUACCAGAAAGCGGAUCACCUCUAGUUCCUUGCCUGUAAAAGACAAGGAAAAGAACAAAGAAAAGAAGUUCAGACAAUAUGUAAGAUUAAAGUCGAAGAAAAAAAAGAAAAAGAAAAAGAAAUCUAAGCCUGAAUAUUCUUGCAGUGAAGAUGCUAGUGAUGUUUCCCAAGAGUGUUCACCUCCCAAGCCGUUUGCUGUUACCAGAUGUAGUUCCUCAAAUAAAUCUGGUAUUUCCUUGAGUACAUUGGUCCAUAGCUCUGAUUCUGGAAAUCACCGAGAAAGAGGAAAAAUACCUGAAGAAGAUAAUGUGAGUGACUCUUCUCCAGAGAGUUUUCUCUGGAGUGAUGAGGACUGUAGCCAUGAUAUUGAUGUGACCACUAAUCCAGAUGAUGAUCCUGAUGGAGAAGACAACUUUGACUUUGAAGUCGUUCGAUGUAUUUGUGAGGUCCAGGAAGAAAAUGACUUUAUGAUUCAGUGUGAAGAAUGUCAAUGCUGGCAGCAUGGAGUGUGCAUGGGUUUGCUAGAAGACAACGUGCCUGAGAAAUACACCUGCUAUAUUUGCCGAGAUCCUCCAGGUCAGAGACCUGGUGUAAAGUACUGGUAUGAGAAGGAAUGGUUAAGUCAUGGCCACAUGCAUGGUUUGGCAUUUUUGGAAGAUAACUAUUCCCAUCAGAAUGCCAAGAAAAUAGUUGCCACUCAUCAGCUUCUUGGUGAUGUGCAGAAGGUGAUAGAAGUUCUACAUGGGCUGCAGCUAAAGAUGAGAAUUUUACAGAGCAAAGAGCACCCUGAUUUACAGCUGUGGUGUCAGCCCUGGAAGCAACACUCCAGGGAUGAGAAGUCUCACCCCAAACAUGUCCUUCACAUUGAAGAUAAGAAGAAGGAGGAUGUGCCGAACUAUAGAACUUUCAGUGGGACAGUAGAAAAAACACUGCCCUUUCCUUCCAUGGAAGAGUCUUAUAUCACCAGUGAACACUGUUAUCAAAAACCCCGAGCCUAUUAUCCUGCUGUAGAACAGAAGCUUGUGGUAGAGACAAGAGGGUCGGCUAUGGACGAUGGUGUUAACCCCAUCCGGGAGAAUGGGGAUGAUGUGCUAUCAGAAAGGUUUGGGUGGGAGUUAGAUCAAGAAAAAAUCAAGUUGCAGAAUGAAUUGAGACAUACUUACUCAAAGGUGAGGGAGUGUGCUUCUAAAAAGGCCCCCUCAGAGGAAGUCCCCACACUGAAGCUGUUGGAAAAAGACAGGGAGGGAGUAGUGAACGCUCACCUCCAGUGGCAGCUCAAUUUGCUCACACACGUGGAAUCUCUGCAGGAUGAAGUCACACACAGGAUGGAUUCCAUCGAGAAGGAGCUGGAUGUUCUGGAGAGUUGGUUGGAUUACACGGGAGAGCUGGAGCCACCAGAGCCAUUAGCCAGACUCCCUCAGCUCAAGCAUUGCAUAAAGCAACUCCUGACGGACUUGGGAAAGGUGCAGCAGAUUGCCCUUUGUUGUUCCACGUGAGACUGACCUGAGUACUGCCCAUUCACCAUCACCAGGAUGUCUGGAGGUGGCUCUUUGUAUAUUUAAACAAAACUUGCAUACUGAAUGCAUGGAACAUGGAUUGACUUCAGGGAAUCCAGGCAGAGUGUGGUGGACGCAGGGCAGGCACCUUACUCAUAUCAAGGCUGCUGAAAGCAGGGUGUUCCAGUCUACACAUGCUUCAAGAACAGGAAGGCAAAGAAGAAAUGUUAAGAUUUCCUCCUUACACACAAAUUGUUAAAUGAAAAUAAUUUUUUUUUUGCACAAACUUCACUUUAAAUCGUGCCACUGAUAAAGGAGUAAGAGCCAAAAAUGUUUAUUUGAAAAUGGUUAUAAUUCCUAUUCUGCAGUUUAUUUAAUUGACUUGUGUUUCAGAUUGGAUCACAAUAGCCUUCCUGGUUGCUGUCUCAAAUGGUAUUUAAUCAGUGGAAGUUUCAAUUUUGAGCUUUGUGAGAAUGUCCUUUUUAUGACUUAACUGUUAUAUGGAGGUUAAAUAGUACAGGCCCAAAGCCUGCACCAAGUACUCUAGAUUGCUACAAUAAAUGACCAUUUGGGCUGUAUUCACCCCCUAGUAAAUGAUUAUUUUAGUUCAUCAUGUCUUUAGCAUGAAUGACUUACUAUAUGGUACUCGGGAAAAUCAACUUAGUCUGAGCUUGUUCUGUUCCCAACCCCAGGAUGUGCCUGGGUUUUUGCUUGCAUUAGGGCUAACAGGCUCCUUGGGGGGAGCUGGGGUCUCACUGCAUGUGACCUAUGUUAGGUAUUCCAAACUGUAGCGAGGUCUGUAACCCAGGGCAGUAUUUUCUACCCACCUUGUUAAUAUUUGAUAGCUCCUAUUCACUUUUGAAAUGUAGAUUUUUUUCCCCAAAGUUAUAAACUUACUGUAAAGAUUCGUUACAAAAAGAGGAUGUGCUUUGGGGAGUCAGCUUAUUUUAUAUACUGUAAAGACCUGGACCCUAUGUACUGCUGUAAGCCUCCCCAGAGAUUCAUCUUUAAUAGUAUUUCCAGAUACCCCACAAUCCUUUUUUUUUAAAUAUACCACAUUUUAAUUUCCAGGUGUAUCUUAUUUUGUGAGAUCAAGGUGAUUAUGCUGCCUAAAUUUCAGGUACAGUGUCAUUUAGUACCUUUGAGAAUGAUGUAUUUGUGUUACUUUUGCAGCCAUCAAUAACAGUCCCCGUAUCUUCUUGUGUUGCCUAUGGUGCAGUGCAGGGGAAUCCUCCUUGUGCUUUUAGAUCUUUUCCACUGUUAGUUUUGCUCAUGAUUAUACCACUUAAACAUCAAAGCACACUUGUCCAUUAGCAUUUGACAGUUAAUUAAUGGUUUAUGAAUCUGUAAUAUUAUAUGCUGCAAAUAUUUACUAUGUAAACUUGAAAUAGUCAACAUCUUAAUAGGAAUGGUAAGAUCUGCGAUGAACCUUUGGAUUUAAGUCUUUGGGAAAGGUCCAGAUUGUUUAACUUGGAAAUGAGGGCCCUGGGGAAAGGAUAUUUCCUAAUUCACAGUAAAAUAAGUAUGGUAGCCAUACAGCAGAGAAUCCCAGUGGCUAUGACACUUUAAAGUUCAUAUGACUCUGCUUUAAGAAAAAAAAAGUCUUUCCCAUCACUAAUGCUGCUGUAUGAAGAAAUGCUUAGUAUAUUAAUAUUUAAAUUAGAAGUAAUUAACUGGACAGCUGUUUCACAACCAAGACAACUGAAAGGAAACAGAAUGAACAGCUGUUCUCAGAGAUUCCUUUUGCAAAGUUCCACCUGAAUACCAAAUGUGGGUAAUCUAGAGGCCUCAUUAGUAAGUUAACAUUGAAGGUAGUUAAUUGGGUUGAAACGGGUUAGAUUUUUUUACAGAGCUGGGAACAGAAAUGAAAAAUUCCUGUUGAAUUCUGCCAAGUGGCCAUUUUUGUUUUAUUCUGCUGGAUAAUUUUGAAAGGAAAUAAAAUUCCAUUUCAUUUAAUUCAAUUUGUCAAGUAGGAUUUGUCUUCCUGAAAAGAGGCAAUAAAAAAAGCAACAGGGAUUUACUCAGCUGAAGACUUACAGUAUGCCCCUUUUCAGGUUUCCUUUGGAAGAGGUUCUAUUAUGUUAGGAUGGUACAGGGCUACUUAGGGCCUCCAUCUCUGAAUGCUGGACCAAGCUUAGUUAAUCUAAAGUUGGAGCACUGGAAAUAAUUACUGCUGUUACCCUUAAGAAAUGUUUAGUUGUUGUACAUUACCUAAAUUUGAAUUUUGUCUCUCUGGAUGAAGGCUAUCCUACUAAAAUUGCCUUGGCAGAAGCAGUUCUGGUUUGACUAAAUUUUGUUUCUUUAAAUCAGCGAUGGGUGAAUGCAAGGUAGAACCUUGAUGAGAUGAGCCAACAUUGCACUGUGGAGAUGUAACUGUUUGUUUACGCACUAUUAGAAUGGAGGGCACUGUAUAUAGAAGUUUUGCUUUGGAGCAAUAUUUACAAAACAUGGAAACCUCUUUAUCUGUGUUUGGAAAAAAUAAAUAGGUUUUUGUUGUUUUAUGUA